AUCCCCCGUAUUAAUGGUUGGACUAUUCUUUUAAGAAAAUUUUAAUUAAUUUGUUUUAGUUGUAGACAUAUCUUUUACUCUCAUAAGAAAUAGAACUGGGAGAAGAAAAGUAGGGAUUUGAAGAUUGCAAGAGGUAGCGCAGCGAUAGCCGAGUGGAGUUGGCGAAGGCAGAGCGAAGUUACACUCUGAAAAAUGGCGUUCACAGUUCGAGGUUUGAAGGUUCCGCCCAACUCCGCGAGUCUUGAAGAAGCCCGGAGUCGGGUCUUCGAUUUCUUCAGAUCAGCAUGUAGAUCAUUGCCAGCAAUCAUGGACAUUUACAACUUGGAUGAUGUCGCUACUGUCUCUCAACUCCGUUCUGCCAUCGCCUCUGAGAUCCGCAAGAAUUCUCACGUCACCGACCCUAAGGUGAUUGAUAUGCUUCUUUUCAAGGGAAUGGAAGAGCUUGGUAACAUUACUGAGCAUGCGAAGCAACGACAUCACAUCAUUGGUCAGUAUGUGCUUGGUCGCGAAGGACUUGUGCAAGAUUUUGGUGCCAAGGAUCAAGGCAGGUCCAAUUUUCUCAAGAACUUCUACAAGAGUAACUACUUCUGAACUUCAUCUUUCCUGGAAUUAUUCCAGUGGAAUAUGAGAUAUCCAUAGUUUUAAUUUGUGAUCUUGAUAAAUAAUAAAGGAACUAUAUCUGUCCUCUAGACCAUGACAUCAUUUGAUCGUUUUGUGGGAUUGAAUUGUCGGUAUAUUAUAGCCAAAGCAAUCCAAGAUCUUUGGUUCGAUUUACUCUUAACCAUUAAGCCUAAAUGUGGUUGUCUACCCUAUGCUUUGGUUCGAGAUGGUGCUUCCCUUGGUUUCGAUUGUUUUCAUUCAUGACUGCCAUGUUUAUAAGUUCAAUACAGUAUCAAACUUGGAAAGGGACAGUGUGGUCUCUAUUGGUUUAUAUAGAGAGAGAGAAAUGUAAAACGAAAACUAUUGUCUUGAUUGUGGUGUGUGAAGAAUGCACAAAAACCAUUUAUUUGAUUGGAUUAAGUUAAUUUUGAGUUUUCGAGAA